CAGAACACCAAAAAGAAGAAGAGCCUGGGUUACUGCUAAAGCAAAGCACAGAUGAUUUAGCCCCACAGCGUUAUUAUUAAUGAAAGUAAUAGAUGUCAUUACUAGAUAUGUGCAUAGGUAAAAUGGGGAAUUGUGGACAUUUCCCCGUGUGGAACCUUUAAAGGCACUGGCAGUUUCCCUACCUCAGAAGCAGAGAGAUUAAUCAGGAAAAGAAGAUGGAAAAGAUGACAAUUCUCUACUUGUCAUCAGCCUCUGCUUUAACAAAACCAGAGAGAGACUGAGAGGAAGUUGAACGGAUCCUCUGGCGUAAAGGCACGGCACAGAGAAAACAGCCAGAGCUAUAAGCCACACUCUAUAAAGCAAGAAGGGAAUGGCUUUUUUGGACAAUCCAGCCAUUAUUCUGGCCCACAUUAGACAGUCCCAUGUGACCAGUGAUGACACAGGAAUGUGCGAGAUGGUACUAAUAGACCAGGAUGUGGACCUGGAGAAGUGCCAGCUGGCACUGGUGCCCGGCAGCAGCGGUGGGUCAACAGGGUCCGGUUCCCUGAGUGAGGAGGGCGGCAGCGUGGUGGAUAAUCAUGCCUGUGACCUCUCCCAGUCCAUGGACAUCACCUCCAGCUGGGACUUCGGCAUCCGUCGGCGUUCCAACACAGCCCAAAGACUUGAAAGGCUCAGGAAAGAACGACAGAACCAAAUCAAAUGUAAAAACGUUCAGUGGAAAGAGAGGUCAUCAUCUCAAUCAGUUGAUGAUCUGGGUACACUGUUUGAAAAACGGGACUUUAAAGACCGGCCGAAGACAACGGGCACCAAAUCCACACUUUCAUUGCGACUGGAGCAGUGUCCCCAACAGCUCAACAACCCCUUUAAUGAAUACUCCAAGUUUGAUGGCAAGGGUCACAUCGGCACAACGGCUACAAAAAAGAUCGACGUCUACCUUUCAAUGCAAAUGGCUCAAGACAAAAUACAUCCAAUGACAGUGGUGACCAUCGCCAACGCCCGCGUCCAUGACCUCAUUGGUCUCAUAUGUUGGCAAUACACAGGCGAGGGACGAGAACCCAAACUGAAUGAGAAUGUGACCGCCUACUGUCUCCACAUCGCAGAGGACGACGGUGAGGUGGACACUGACUUUCCUCCGCUCGACUCCAACGAGCCCAUUCACAAGUUUGGCUUCAGCACGCUGGCCUUGGUGGAGAAAUACUCGUCCCCGGGCCUCACCUCCAGACAGUCAUUGUUCGUCAGAAUAAAUGCUGCUCAUGGUUUCUCUCUGAUCCCUGUGGACAGUCUGAAAGUUACCAUGAAGGAAAUUCUCCAGAAAGCAUUAAAGAAGAGGAAAGGUUCACAGAAAGGCUCAGGACCCAUGUAUCGACUGGAGAAGCAGACAGAGCCCAACGUGGCAGUCGACCUGGACUCAACACUGGAGAUCCAAAGCACACUCGAGUUUUGCCUGGUCAGAGAAAACAGCUCCAGAGGUGAGGAGAGUUCAGAGGAAGACCCUCCCAUUGACAUCACCACAGUCCAAGACAUGCUGAGCAGUCACCACUAUAAGUCCUUCAAGAUCAGUAUGAUCCACAAGCUUCGCUUCACCACUGAUGUCCAGCUAGGCAUUUCAGGAGAGAAGGUGGAGAUUGACCCUGUAACCAAUCAGAAGGCCAGUACCAAGUUCUGGAUUCGGCAGAAACCCAUCUCUAUUGACUCGGACCACCUCUGUGCCUGUGACCUCGUAGAGGAGAGAAGCCCCACUCAUGCAAUAUUUAAGAUCACUUAUCUCAGCAACCACGAUUACAAGCCGCUCUACUUUGAGUCUGAUGCUUCUACAGUCAAUGAAAUCGUGCUGAAGGUGAAUUAUAUCCUUGAGUCGCGGGCGAGCACCUGCCGGGCUGAAUACUUUGCCCAAAAGCAGCGUAAACUGAGCCGCCGGACCAGCUUUAGUUUCCAGAAGGAGAAGAAGACGUGUCCGUAGUGAGACUGAAGCUGCCGAGGCGUGACGCUCUCACGCAGCGCCAGAAGUAAACAAACAGAAAUGGGAGAUGGAGAAGACUGUCGAGUUGGAGAAGAUUAGAGCAGGAAACGGACCACACAGAAACGUGUCCACGUCAGCUGAAAAGCUCACACACGAGCUAAGGGAGACAGAGGACAUGUGGGACGUGUCGGCUGAUGUUUUGACAUCAGUUCUUUAUUUUUAUUCACUUCCGUCCUCAAGGAUGGAUCUGUACAGCUUCAACAGACAAAUCAAAGCUCUACCUGCUAUGUCUUUGCUUCUGUCCUCCAUCUUUAGUAGUUUUAACACGUUUUUUUAUGUACUGUACAUAGACUUUUACAUUUAGGACAUGACAUAGAAGUCUGGAUUAAAAAAAGAAAGACACCCUUGACACUGCUUUGACUCCAUGUUCCAAUUUCUUUCAACCUUUAUUAAUGUGACGAUGUUCGGUUUUACUUCCUGGGGCUCUUUAAAGUUACAGGACUGCUGGGAAAUGUAGUGUCACAGUUCAACAACACUACAGACGUCUGUGAAACAGUAAGAAUUUCAACAUUUAAACCCAAAAACACUGUAGACACAUUUACUGUGGUCGCAGGUGAACGUCCAGUUUGAAAACGGCAGAAUUCGUGGUUGGCCACCAGGGGGAGACUUCACUGUUCAUAAAGAGAAGUACAAUUUUUAACUUGGUUUAUAACGUCAGUAAACAUUUUCUUGAGGAGUUAAUUGUCUCAAUCUACACUUUCAGCUGUUCUUUCAUCGCUUUUGUCAAUUAAGUUAAAUCACAAUCACAGGGCUUCAAAAUAUCUGUUCCUUUUGCAUCAGGAAGACUUCAAGUCUCCACAGGGAAAUGUUUGUUAAAAGCAGUUUUGUGUAAAUAAAAAACUAAAUGAAAUGUU